AUGCCACACCUGAAAAGUACGAUUCCCCCAGAAGGUGGCAAAGAUCUCUCGUUGGCAUCCACUGUGGAGUUGAAUGAUGGUUUUCGCAUGCCGAGACUUGGUCUCGGGGUCUGGGAGACCCAGCCGAAUGUCUGCGAAGAAGCGGUACUAGCAUCAUUCGAGGUAGGUUAUCGACAUAUAGACACAGCUGCUAGUUAUGACAAUGAAGCAGAGGUUGGAUCUGCUGUGCGCAAGACCACAGUUCCCCGAUCAACUUUGUUCAUCACGACCAAAAUCUGGGAUGAUGAUCAAGGGUAUGACUCAACCAUCGCAGCUGUUCAAGAUUCGUUAAAGAAGAGUGGACUGGAAUACUUUGAUCUCAUUUUGCUUCAUUCUGCUCUGCCUGGCAAGGAAAGUCGACUUGAGAGUUGGAAGGCUCUCGAAUAUUGCGUUGAUAAAGGGUGGAUACGAUCAAUUGGUGUAUCAAAUUGGGCAGCAAAACAUUUUGAAGAGUUGAAAGCUACCUCGCCCAAGAUACGGCCUGCUGUCAAUCAAUUAGAACUCCAUCCGUUUCUUCAACAGAGACCAACCGUAGAAUAUUGCUUCUCGAAUGAUAUUGUCGUACAAGCCUAUAGCCCCUUGACGCGAGGUCAACUAUUGAAUAAUGAAACAAUCACUCGCAUCGCAAACAGCAAGGGAGUUGAUGAAGCUCAGGUGCUCAUUAGAUGGAGCUUACAGAAAGAGGAUGAUAUGACGGCAUUGGAUGCGCUCGAUAAUGGGUACCUCACUGGCUCUUGGGGCGAAGGUGUCAAUCCAUUGAAUGCGGAAUAA